UCUUAAAUUUUCUGGGUCCAUGGCAAGUUUGCACCUUGGAGCUGCUUCGUUGAUCAAUGAGGUCGUUUUUGGCUCUUCCUUGAUCGGUUUCAGAAGUAAACGUUUUAGAAGAGUUUCAGAGAGAUGGAGGAUUUGUGUUCAACAAAUGUCAGAGAAGGAACAGAGAACUAAACACGAACUGGCUCGUUCUGCUAAAAGAAGUGAGUCCUUGAGACGUAUUUUAAAGCAAUAUGGAGUAUCAGUAGAAACCCCUGAAGAAAAUAAGACUAGUAGUAGACUUGAUGAUCUAGAUUGUGAAGAGAAGCAGGACACUGUUCUUUCUUCUGUUAUAGAUGACUCUAAGAUGAACACAACUGAGGAGUUACCUGAUUUACGUCGGCAAGAGAACUACAGUGAGACUGUUAGCAUCUCAGAGAACCUUUCAGGACAAAACCAACAUAAUUUGCCACAUUUAAACACAGGUGUUUUGUUCACUUCUCUGCUUCCUGUUCUUGGUUUCUGCAUCGUAUGCAUAAUUGGGACGCUACACACAAUUAUCUCAAGAAAAUCAUUACAAGAUCAUCACCAUGGCUCCAAAAGAACAAGGUGGAGAACCGCAUUGAUUGAUUGGAACGAGCCGUUUGCUUCUGAUGAACAUGAUUCAUCGCCAGAUUACAAAGUCGCUUCAACGAAUCAGGAAGCUACCGAUGAAAAGAAUGAAGCAUAUAACCGAGUAGAGCUCGAGUACAAGAGAUUUCUGUUGGAAUGUGGAGUGAGUGAAUCUUAGAUUCUCGUCUCCUGGAGGUUCCUACAACUAAGUUCUUGAGAAAACAUCGCUACUUCUGAGGCUUUAAGGACUUUUCGCUUGGUGGUUUGCACAUACUGUGACACCAAUGCAUGCAUUUACAAGAUAAGACUUUAUAACUUGUGAAUAUAAAGGGUCUAAUGCG